UUUAACAACCAAUGAACUCUGAGCUAUCUCUUAACAUUGUAACUAACAAUGAAGUAUGGCCGCGUUUGUAUAUCUUUCCAAAGAAGUCUUAGCCGGCUUUGACAACUAUAAAUACAGUGCAAUCGAUACUAGUCCUGUUAGCAACUAUUUAUGUCAUCCAUUUUGGAACACAUGUGUUAAGAUUGUACCAUUAUGGAUAGCACCAAAUCUGCUCACACUCUCUGGGUUUAUGCUCCUACUUGUCAGUUUUGUGGUCAUGACCUACUAUGACCCACAUUUCUAUGCAGCUUGCAGAGACCACCCUGAGCACCCCCCAAUACCAAACUGGGUGUGGCUUAUGGGAGCCGUUAACACUUUUCUUGCUCAUACCCUUGAUGGAAUUGACGGCAAGCAAGCUAGAAGAACUAAGUCAUCUUCACCAUUGGGUGAACUUUUUGACCAUGGUCUAGAUAGCUGGGCAACCCUUUUCUUACCCGUUGCUGUCUUCUGCAUAUUUGGACGUGGAGAGCAUGGUGUCAGUGUGUUUCGUGUCUUCAUGUGUGUUGUGGGAAUUAUGGUAUGCUUUGUUAUCAGCCAUUGGGAAAAAUACAACACUGGUGUUCUGUUUUUACCUUGGGGAUACGACAUAGGCCAAAUAGCAAUGGUUAUUGUGUAUUUAAUAACUUUCUUUGGAGGACAUGAUGUCUGGAAAUUUAGAUUACCACUCGUAAAUUGGUCACCAGCUGAAACAUUCGAAAUAUGUUUGUACUUGGGUUUCUUUAUACUUACUUUCCCAUUCACAUUUCACAAUAUAUAUAGAGCUUAUAAAGAUAAAUCUGGAAAGAUGUUAUCUUUCUCUGAAGGGAUGCGGCCAUUGGUUUCAACAUUCAUUUUAUUUACUUUAAUGAUUUACUGGGCUGUCGUUUCAUCAUGUGAAAUCAUUGAGCUUCAACCAAGACUUUUCUAUUGGACAGCAGGCACUGCAUUCUCACAUAUAGCUUGUCAUCUAAUCAUAGCGCAGAUGAGUAGCACAAGGUGUGAACUGAUCAAUACUUCAUUGGUUCCUCUCAUCACAAUUGUCGCUUUGGUCAGGUUUCUCAAUCUUGGAACUACUGAAAUAUAUCUGUUGUGGGCCUACUGUAUCUACAUAACCAUUAAACAUUGCAUGUUUGGUAUUUAUGUGGUCAGAGAAAUGUGUCAACAUUUUCAAAUCCAAGCUUUUUCACUUUCAAAGUUGCAGAAGAAAAUGAAUAAGCAUAGAGAAUAGUGUUUUAUUUUUUGAAAGUUGAUGAAGUGGAUGUGAUGCAAGAAUCUAUUUUGAAUUUGGACAGUAAUAUUUUUUAAGUAUUAUAAAAAAAAUAUAUAUAUAUUAUUUGCCAGAUGUUUUUUUUUCUUAAAUCCACAUUUUAUAAAUAAAUCCUUAUUGUAAGAUGUUCAUAAACAAGUGUAUGUGAUGUCAUCUUAUAUACAUAUUUAUAUAUAAGUAAAAAUGUGUAUGUGAUUGGUAAACCACAUUUUGGCAAAUCUAGUUAGAAGAAAUUGAUCACUUGUCUACUUUUUUAAAAAGCUUUAUAUUUUCAUGCUUGUGUUGUUUUCAUAAAAACAUACCUUAAAUACAUUGUUAAAUUUCAGUUUACAUUACAUCAGCUUUAAACCCUUCUUACAAGUACAAUGAUUUUGGUGGAUAUGUUUGGCUAUAUAUUUAAAACACUUUUUUCUUCUUAUUUAUGCAUGUUUUGCACCUGUGGUGCUUCAUAAUUGCAGUAAUGACAACUUGCAUGAGUUCAACAGUUUUUAGUGUUCUUAAGCAUGAAACUUAAAAGGCAGAGAAUGUUCAUAAACCAGGUUCAUUACACAAAAAUAUUCAUUCGCUGAUCACAUCUCUAUACUGAUGGCCACUCUAAUUUUUAAAGUAUUCUGCCUGAAUAUGAGAUUCUGAAUGCAUGUUUGUUGUAUUGUGAAAAUGACGGGUAUAAUACUAAGUUCAUGUGGAUUUGUGUUAAAUGUUUCAUAUUUUGAAUUUAUUCUCUCGGUUGAAAAAAUCCCUAACAUAAAUAUUUUGAGACUGUCCAUGUAGUGGUUCAUUUACUACAAAUGUGUUCUGAAAGAAUUAUUAUGGUAACUGUUUUGUGUGUUAGAAGCAUUUUCAAAAGAAAUGAACAUGACUUAUUUAUUUUUGUGAAUGGGAUAAAUACUGCUUUGAAUAAAUGAUGCAAAAAUUUAUUUUGCAUAAAUUAUUAUGAGUGAAAAAGUAAAAAAAUAAAACACUGUUGAUAUGCUGGAAUGUGAUUUUGGUUAGUAUGACAUCAGGAAAAACUGCCUUUUAUAAAAUUUGUUUUAGUAAGUUCAUGUUAACUGUGAGAGAAAGAUUAGAAGCUCAGUUUUAUAUAUUACUCAAACUUUCCACAAUUCACCAAUUUUUAAUGGCUUAUGUAUUAUGUACAUAUAUCUUUCAACAUACGCAAAAAUUUCAUUAAAUAAGUGAUAUAAUUGAA